AUGGCGGCCGCCGUGUCGAAUGCUGGGGCGCUCGGGGCUUUGGGCCUUGGGGCCGCCACGCCAGCAAAAGCACGCCACGCCAUCGAGUUGACGCAAUCCCUCACAGACAAACCCUUCAACGUCAACGUGUUUUGCCACACCCCGGCCCGGAGAAACACAGACCGUGAAGGCCACUGGCUCCAGCGGACCAAACCCCUCUUUGCUGAAUUUGGAGCUCAACCACCUGCUCGGCUUCGAGAAAUCUACCCCUCCUUUACUCAUGACGAGGAUGCUUGCCUCGAGGUUUUGUUGCACACCCGACCCCGCGUCGUGAGCUUUCACUUUGGCCUCCCGCGGCCCGACCAAGCACAGGCCCUGCGUCGUGCGGGUUGUUUGCUUGUCGCCACCGCAACUUGCUUGAAAGAGGCGCACGCAAUUGUCGAUCUUGGGCUCGACGCCAUCGUCGCCCAAGGCUGGGAGGCCGGUGGCCACCGCGGCGUCUUUGAUCCCGAUGCGCCAGAUGAUCAACUCUCAACCAAAGACCUUACCCUCCAACUGGCCCAAGCCCAUCCAGGCACGCCGCUCAUUGCCGCGGGUGGACUCAUGACCGGCGCCGAUCUCCACCGCGCUCGCGCCUGGGGUGCCGGCGCCGCUCAGCUGGGGACUGCCUUUGUCCCCUGUCCCGAAAGCGACGCCAGUCCUGCCCACAAGGCUCGCCUCGGACCCGACGCCCACACCGUCAUGACCCGCGCCAUCUCGGGCCGCCCUGCCCGUGCCCUGUACAACCGCUUCACCGCAUGGGAAGCUAACCAAGCCAUAACCCCCUCUGACAUACCCGCUUACCCCUGCGCCUAUGACCUCGGCAAAGCCCUCGACACCAUCGCCCAAGCCCACCGUGAACUCGGCUACGGUGCCCAUUGGGCCGGCACCGCCAGCCAUCACGCCCGUGCACUCCCCGCCCACGACCUCGUUGCCCUCCUCACCGCCGAAUGGCGCGCCGCAUCUUCUCCUACGGCUUAA